AUCAGAACUAUGACUGGGAUUCUGGAUGUCGAUUUCCAUUUGAUUUUGCUUAGGUACUUUAAGGGUCUUCAAUAUAUUUGAAUGUGUACCAUUUGAAGUGACACCAUCAAUUUCACCAGCAGUCCCUUUCCUGCUACUAAGAGCAUGAGCAGAUGGGUGAAGAGGGUUUCGCCGUUGACGAGGAACAAGAGAGGGUUAUUAACAAACAGGCUCGCCAAGUAUGUUCAGUUUUGUAUCCAUGUCACGUGCUGCUUGAUUUCCCAAAGAGCUCGACAGCAUGUGCGGAGGAGGCACGAGUCUGGCAGUCAACAACCACCAGUGUAUGUGGUGUUGGAUGCUGCAAUGGUUCCACUUGGGGAAGAUAUGGGAACACGUCCAGAUGCAAUAGCAGCACAUUUCUCACCAGAAACAACAAUGGGCGCACUCUCUAUAGUUAAUGAUGAAUUGGAAUUCUCUACAGAGCAAUCUGAAAUCUUUUCCUGGUAUAUGAGAAUUCGAGUCCCUUUCCAUGUGAAUUAA